AUGACCCGCGCUGAGGGGAUCCCUCGCCGCGUGCUGCUUGUAAGCACGCCACGGACUGCUAGCAAUCUGUUGCUGCAGAUGCUGAAUAUCCACGGACAACCCAACGCUCUGACGAACGAAAGAGGCGGGUACUUCUUUUAUCCAUAUUUCCUCCAUAUCACCACGACUGGACUAUGUGAUAAGCCAGUCGGGCAAUGGAGUGACGAGGAAAAGCAAAAGACAACGAGUACUUUCCAAAGCAGUAUCCACAAUAUCGAGACCUACUCGAAACAGGCGGAGCAUGAGAACAAGAUCAUGUUCGCCAAAGAACACUCCUUCUGGUUCGCGCAUCCAGCAUCGCUCCAGAAACUGAAAGUUGGGGUUGAUGACGACGAGUUCACGCGAGACUUUCGAUCCGGAAUUCAUAUCCCUGAGAGUUAUGGCCCUACACGGACUUAUUCCCCUUCCAACAAGACUGUGCUUUCAGAUGAGUAUCUGCGUACCUGGCAGAUGGCCUUUAUUAUCCGCCAUCCGGCCCUGGCGUGGCCAUCGCUGUACCGGGCUGCAUUGAAGAUCGCGGAUGAGCUGGGCUUGACAGAGGCGCAAUUCAAAAGCGCAACAUCGGUAAGGAAUAUGACCUUCCACUGGGCCCGCAGCCUUUUCGACUGGUGCAUGGAGCAACCAGGUACACCAACACCGAUGGUGGUGGAUGCACACGAUCUGAUCCACGCCCCGGAGAUAGUACUCAAAUUCUGCGAGCGGCUGGGGAUAGACCAGGAUGUGGUCAGAUUCGAGUGGAGUAGGAAUGAUGAUCAGAAUCCGGGAGGUGCUGUUAAUAUCGCAAAGUCCGAGCAAUCCCGGCACGAACGCCUUGCCCCUAUCAUGCUAUCCACGCUCAACGGCUCGGCUGGUGUUAUUAAAGACAAGGCCCCGGGAUGUAUUGAUAUACCUGCCGAGGCUGCAAAAUGGAGUAUGGAGUUUGGUGAAGAGGCUGCUCGGUCUCUUGAGAAGGCUGUUGUGGAUUCCAUGCCGGACUAUGAGUUUCUCAGAUCUCAUCGAAUAACUGUCUAA